AUGAGCGGUACCGUCGGAGUUGACGACGACGAAGCAGCGCGAGACAACGACGACGAACGAUCGAUCAUUCCUCGAAUUGGCUCGUGUGCGACGCGAACAUUCGCAUGCCGUAGCACCACGUGCGCCCACCUGAGUGAUCGCCGGCUCGUGAUUGACAUAACCGGUUCGGUCUUGAUCCGCAACAUCCGCGAUAGUCGUCGAUAAGAUGUGCCAGGUAAAUUUGCGUCACACUCGCGUCGUCCGACUAACGUUCAUUCUAAUGACGUUAUGUUCACGUUGGAUAAUUUUAAUUAUCGCGGCUUAAUCGAUGUUCGCCUGAAGAUACUGUCAGACUGGAUUAAAACUGGAAUAAAAACUGGUCCCAGAGUUUUCAGUGAUUUUGGGAUUUCAUCAGAGAAUGAUUGGGAAGGAGAAAGAGUUUCCAUUGUGAGUUCUCUUUACAAAGGUACGCCUUUUGUACGCUCGUGAUUUGAAGAAUACAAUGGCGCGGGUAAUGGAAUUGAAAGAUCCAGUUUGCCGUUUCGAGAUGGUGUUUUACGAUUCUUCAGUAAGAAUCGGGUUGAUUCUGUCGAAACGAACCUGUCGUCCCCGAGGAUUAUCUCCGAGAAUGAAGGCUCGGACAACAACGAGUUUGCGUGGGUAGUGGAAUCGUGCGUGUAUCUUUGGUUUUGUAUAAUUACACACGAUGUCAAAAUAGACGACGAUAUUUCAGAAGUGAUGAGCAGAUGACUGGGUUUGAAGGCCGUCCUGUCGCUGUAUUUAAAGAACAUAUUGAAAUACAGCGUGAAUACGUCCACCGUGAUCUACCAUGUUUUCACUAUGUUUGUCUACUUCUUCCCACUGUUCGGCGCGAUCCUGGCAGAUUCGUGGCUCGGAAAAUUCCGCACUAUCUUUUAUGUGAGCAUUAUUUAUGCAAUCGGACAAUUGCUCUUAGCCAUGAGUGCGGCACCCACAUUAAUAGGACUACCUCCAAGGGAAUUCUCGUUGGUAGGCCUGCUCCUAAUAGCUAUCGGCACGGGCGGCAUAAAACCUUGUGUGUCAGCUUUCGGAGGCGAUCAAUUUAUUCUGCCGCAACAAGAACGAUAUCUGGCGAUGUUCUUCUCCCUCUUUUAUUUCGCCAUUAACUCGGGCUCACUAAUUUCUAGCUUCCUGACUCCCUGGCUACGUAGCAACGUGCAAUGCUUAGGGGACAAAACUUGCUACUCCCUGACGUUUUUGGUGCCGGCUAUUCUAAUGAUUCUAUCUAUCGUGAUAUUCAUUCUCGGGAAACGAAUGUAUAGAAUAGUGGAGCCCACGGGCAAUGUCAUCGUCAAGGUUUCCAAGUGCGUUUCCCACGCGAUUUAUAAUAAAGUAAAGGGCAAGAGCGGGAAACGUGACCACUGGCUCGACCACGCCGACGAUACGUAUGAUCAUAAACUGAUCGACGACAUUAAGGUCUCGCUGCAGGUAUUGAAAUUGUUCAUACCAUUGCCGGUAUUCUGGGCUCUCUACGAUCAACAGGGCUCUCGAUGGACUUUCCAAGCCACUCGAAUGGAUGGUCAAAUCGGUAGUUUUUUGAUGGAGCCCGAUCAAAUGCAGGUCGUUAAUCCGCUGCUGAUUCUUGCCUUUGUACCUCUUUUCGAAAUCUGCAUUUAUCCGCUUUUCGCGAAGAUACACCUGAUCGACACACCUUUAAAGAAACUUGCUACUGGCACGCUCCUGGCCUCUCUGGCCUUCAUCGUGACUGGCCUAGUAGAUCUGAGACUCGAGAAAACAUUUCCAGUAUUACCGUCAGCAGAAUCAGCUCAGCUUCGAAUCUUCAACACACUAAAUUGUUCAGUGGAUCUAACCUUAGGUUCAAAAGUGGACUUAAAAAAGGACCGUUACCAUAAAUUAAUCACCAUAAAUCCACUAAGCAUGUGGGUGGAUUUAGAUGUGAAGGUGAAUGGAUCGUUCGAGCUACCCUACACAGCGGAUUUCACCAAGUGCAACACGAGCAGUUACACCAAUAUGCAACAGAGUUCAACAGGUUUCAACACAAUCAAAGAAGCUAUUGCGUCCUCUUGGGUCAUAACGCCCGAGGGAUUGGAUUAUCACUACAACGACACAGUGGAUAAGUCACGUAGCGGCAAUCCAGUGGUCCGCGGUCUUAUCUACGUCUCAUCGGACGUCUCAUCAAACGUUAACUCCAUACUGAAAUUUGUUCGUAAUGGCAAUACAGCGGAGUCGAUAACGUUCAACUCAAGCAUCUUUGUUCAUUCGGACCUCAAAGAACUCCAGCCGAGCGAAUACGAUGUUUUCUUAGACAGCAUUCCAUUGCAGCAGAAUGUCAAUUUCAAGUUAGGCGGCGUGUACACCGUGGUUGGCACUAAACGUGAAAACGAGCCAAAGAUCGCCGGCCAAAUAAUCACAGUCACGACGCCUAAUUCAAUGCAUAUGAUGUGGCUGAUGCCGCAGUACAUUAUCAUCACGAUGGCCGAGGUGAUGUUCUCCGUGACGGGUUUACAGUUCGCUUUCACUCAAGCACCGAAAAGCAUGAAGUCUCUGCUUCAGGCAGGUUGGCUAUUAACCGUGGCUUUCGGUAAUCUUAUUGUAGUGAUCAUAUCGGAGGUGUCAAUUUUCGAUCGACAGGCAUACGAAUCUUUCCUUUACGCUGGUUUAAUGCUAAUAGACAUGCUGGUGUUUACCGUAAUGUCUCUAUUCUAUAAAUAUGUGGAUAUACCAAAUGAAGAAAACAGUGAAGAAGACAUAGCAUUGGAAAAGAAAAGUGGAAAUGUUAAUAUUGCUUAUAAGGAAGAUGAGAACUUGGAGUGACGAAUAGCAUUGAAACAACGACAAGCAAAGUGUCGUAAUUUUUCCUGUGUUCUCGCUUAUUCUCCAUCGACGAGACGAGUUUUAUUAUCGUUCGUACAUCGAGAGUCAACGUGUUUCUAUCGAAAGUCUAGUACGCUCAAAAAUGAUAGGAACCGUUUUUAACAUACGAAUCGAUUUAUCUAAUUGAAAUUACGUAAAACCUUAUUUGUCUUGGGUCCUUCGUAUUUUAGUAAUAAAACGUGUAUUAAUCGAUAGAAGAAUGAUAAACUAUUAAAAAUCUCCAUUGCUGAAAAAACCGCCGAAAUCGACAAAUCGCUUAAAAAUUAAGUUUUUUCAUUGGAUGACUCUAAUGAAAUGAAAAUAAUGAAAUAAAAAUAUUAUUUAGUACAUUUUUCCAACGCUUUAAAGAGUAUAUCUCUGAACAGUAUCUAUUUAGAAAAUUGUGUCCAUGACACAUUUUGAUUUUCUAACAAUAUAUCCAAAUAGCAAAAUAUAUUCAAUCUGAUCUGAUUUUAUAUUCAUAGUAAAAACGUGAGGACAAAAAUAAAUACAAAUAUGCUCAGAUGUCGUUCAUGUCACAUAAAAAAAUAUUUCAUCUAAUAGCAUUAAUCAUAAUCACAUCAAAAACACAUCAUUUGAGAACAUCUUGUGCUCAAGUAAUGUUAAUCACAUGUCAUGAUUUUUAAAAACGUAUUAAGUUGAAGUCACAUUGUGUGAAAUCACAUUAUGCUAAAAUGUGAUCAUCACUCGUUUCUAUCUGGAUAUGUGUAUGUGUGUGUAUGUGUGUUUGUGUGUGUGCGUGUUUGUGCGCGCGCGCGCACACACACACACACACACACACACACAACACAUAUAUAUAUAUAUAUAUGUUAUGUUAAAUAAACUUCAUUGUCUUAUAUUAAGCUUUGUUGUAAAAAAAUAUAUGUAUUAUAAGUCCAACUUUUAGAAAUAUUGUAAACCAUAAUAUUUUUACGUGGUCUUUUACCCAGUGGCAUGUUUUUAUUUUCAUCAGAUUCUAUAUCUUGCAUUUGUAGUAAAUUACAUAGGCCGAAGUUUGGUCCACUAAGAUGUGCCACUGAGGAGAGGUUCGACAUAAUUUUUUGCAACUGAAACCGAAUCUGGCCGUUUGUCUAGCACGUCAGGAUUUUGAAAUAUUCUAACGUAAAAGUGCAAAAAGGCAAUUUUUUUAGAUUUUCAGAUUAUGAUAACUUUAAAACAAGGAUAUCCAUUGAUUUGGCUAAUAGAUUCGGAUUCUUCAUAAAAAAUCUACAGAAAUGUAUGUGUUUUCCAAAACGGUCAAAUAUUUAUAACUGC